AUGGAGGAGAGCCAGCUGCUGAUGACGGAACUUCCGGCGCCGUUGACGCCGAGCACCGGCCGCGGCACGACGUUGCUCCACCGUCCCGGCCACUACUACCACCUGCACCAGCCGCACCUGGCGAUACCGACGUCGCAGAACCAGGCGAUACUCCACACCCACGUGUCCUCGCUGUACCCGGAGAUCCUGGCCCUCAUCUUCAGCUACCUGGACGUGCGCGACAAGGGACGCGCCGCGCAGGUGUGCACCGCGUGGCGCGACGCCGCGUAUUACCGCUCGGUCUGGCGAGGGGUGGAGGCGCGGCUGCACCUGAGGAAACAGGCGCCGGCGUUGUUCGCCAGUCUGGUACGACGUGGCGUGAAGAAGGUGCAGGUGCUGUCACUGCGCCGCGGCCUCAGCGACGUCCUCAAGGGCGUGCCAAAUCUCGAGGCGCUCAAUCUGUCCGGCUGCUACAACAUCACCGACAUCGGUAUCACGAACGCCUUCUACCAGGAGUACCCGUCCCUCACCGAGCUGAACCUGUCGCUCUGCAAGCAGGUGACGGACGCCUCGCUCAGCAGGAUAGCGCAGUACUUGAAGAAUCUCGAGCACCUCGAGCUGGGCGGCUGCUGCAACAUCACCAACACCGGCCUGCUGCUGAUCGCGUGGGGCCUCAAGAAGCUGAAGCGGCUGGACCUGCGGAGCUGCUGGCACGUGUCCGACAUGGGCAUCGCCCACCUGGCCGGCCUGAAUCGCGAGACCGCGGACGGCAAUCUCGCCCUGGAGCACCUGAGCCUGCAGGACUGCCAGCGGCUGAGCGACGAGGCGCUCAGGCACGUGUCCCUCGGCCUCACCACCCUCAAGUCCAUCAACCUGUCGUUCUGCGUAUGCAUCACCGACUCCGGCGUCAAGCACCUGGCCAGGAUGUCGAGUCUGCGCGAGCUCAACCUGCGCUCGUGCGACAACAUCUCCGACAUCGGCAUGGCGUACCUGGCCGAGGGCGGCAGCCGCAUCACCUCGCUCGACGUGUCGUUCUGCGACAAGAUCGGCGACCAGGCGCUCGUGCACAUCUCCCAGGGCCUGUUCAACCUCAAGUCCCUCUCGCUGUCCGCCUGCCAGAUCAGCGACGAGGGCAUCUGCAAGAUCGCCAAGACCCUGCACGACCUCGAGACCCUCAACAUCGGCCAGUGCAGCCGGCUCACCGACCGGGGCCUGCACACCGUCGCCGAGAGCAUGAAGAAUCUCAAGUGCAUCGACCUCUACGGCUGCACGAAAAUCACCACCAGCGGCCUCGAGCGGAUCAUGAAGCUGCCGCAGCUCAGUACGUUAAAUCUUGGUCUGUGGCACGUGCGGUGAUGGCUUUUUCCGUGGCUAAGUGCUCUGGACGAACGCUGUCUACGUUACCGUCAUCGUCACCGGCGCCGUCACCAGGGCGACGACGACGGCUCCUCGCAGCGACCCAAGGAUAACUUUGUCUUCACGCGCAUGUUUCUGCCGCAGGCGGUAAGUCCGUUGCUGUCACUCGGCGCGCCAAGCCGCUCGGGCGCCCUCGACGUCGGCACCUACCGCGUCGCCGGCGAAUAGCUCGUUUCUCCGCCCGAAACGGGAAUUCCCCUCGACCCGAGAGGGGAGAGCGACCGAUCGUUUUCGAGGGGGCGCCGUUUCUCGAGCAAAUGGUACUACGUCCCUUCGAGGAGCGCUUCCCUUUUUCAAAAGAGAAAUAAAAAAGCGACCGUUUCGAGCAAACGAAACGCACUUCCGAUCGUACUUGAUCGUCGCGCGCGUCGAAGGCGAUCGCUAGAUUAAUUGAACGACGGGUUCGACGGGUCUCAAAUGCCUCGAUUCUCGGCUCGCCCGGGCCCUCGAAAAAUUUAGUAAAGAAAAAAAAGAAACGAAUGUGUCACGCCUGGGGUUUUCUCGCUCGUUGUCUCUGCGAGGCCCACGAUCAUCGACUGCGCGCAGUUGGCAAUCGUCAUGACAAUUUUUUUUCAAAACGUGGAAUUAAUAUCAUUUCGAUCGGUUCGAUUUGUCGUGCUGAAAAUGCGCGAGAAUAAUCACUGCGCCGAUUGUCUGCGCUGCAUAACGGGAAUCGUUUUCUCCGCGGCAAAUUCGAACUCUACGAAAUAAUAUUAGUUUCGAAUUAAUUUGCUUUAUUGCGAUAUAUUUCUUAGGACACACGGAUCUCGAUAGAGAAAGUAUCGAUCAGUCGAUUCGUAAUAAUUAAACGUCUGUGCAUCCUGAAAAUAUAAGCUGAACAUAUUAUACGUUUCACACUCUGGGAGUACAUGCAACUUUUUUUCAGAUUAAAUCAAGUUGAUUCGUAUGGGACAAAUGCUUGCGCAUCUCAUUCCUCGUUUGGAUGUUUCGAAUAUAAAACGCGAAUCCCUCGAUAACAAUUCUUUCAUUAUCUUCAGUUCUUAUCUAAAGUUAACGAUUGCUACGCACACGUGCUCACGCGCGUGUUGUGCAGCAUAGAGUAACGACGCAUUUUCUGCAAGCUCUCUAUUUCUUUCCAACAGCGGGCCGUUUCAGAAUACUCGUAGGACAAUAUACAAAUUUUAAUAAAGAAUAUCAUAACAUGUAUGCUCGAAAGAAGUGUCACGCAUGAAUCUCUGGGCAAAAGUCUGGACACGAUUUUCAUACAGCGAAUUCGGUUGCUUGCACUGGUGCGCACUGAAUGCGCACUUAAGGCUUGUUUAUAGUCAAUUCUUAUAUUUGACUUUGCUUGAACACACGUUAAAAAAAUAUUUAGCCAGAAAAGUGAUCCGUACGGAUGCAGCACGGAUUAUUUUGGGCUGAAAAAUGUUUCAAGAGAUAUUCAAAACAAUCCCAUAGACAUAAUAUAUCUGGACCGCGCAUUAAGCAGUGGGAGAGGUAGAGGUUCACGUAGAAAAGGAAAGGUGGUUGUUGAUUCUGCAUAGCUGGAGGGUUGAACAUGUUUUGAGCUUGAGGAUCGCGUUGAUUCUCAGGGCGUCCUCGGUAGAAUCUUGGAGGCUGUCCUUGAUUCAUGUCGCACUACUGGGUGUGGUGUGGUGGUUGUCGCUUGGUGAUAUUCUUUCGAAUAUGGGUUUUCACCAAUUAUGGUUUGCGCGCGAACUUCGCUCCACAAAUAAAUUGGGGAGAAAAGGACAAGCUCUGUUUCGUGCUAUUUCGUUCUCUCUCGCUCGCAUGUGAACAAGAGAGAACGAAAUGGCACAAAACAGAGCUCAAAUGAAGUCAAACGCUCGGUCUAGAUAUAUUAUGUCUAUGGACAAUCCUUAAGUAUAAAAAUUUACUGUAAACAAGCCUUAGCAUGCACUCACAGUGCGCACUAGGGCAAGCAUUCGAGGCCGCUACUAGUUAUGCUGCAACUGGUGUCUAAAGCCAACGGCACACGAUACUAUUUUUCCUACUGGAUUACUUACGAGAACCAAAAUAAGGAU